CAUGAAAUUAUUUAGCUGUCUGCAGCCAGUCUUCUUGUUGUAGUUCCACAACAAUAACAUAAUUGAGUCAUAGAAGGUUUAUAAUCAACAAGUCCAGUGGUACGUGACUUCCUGAACUAAGUUCCUCAGCUAGCUCAGUCGUAUGGUAAUUGGUGGCCACUGUCGUUAUUAUUAUUAUAGUCUUGACCCUUCCAAGUUGCUGAUCGUGGCGAAUUGACGUUCUGCACUAGACGCGAGUCAUGGCUAUGAGACGACUGUUGGCUGAGUACAAACAGAUCACAAGAAAUCCGCCCGAAGGUGUCAUUGCUGGUCCGAAAAGUGAGGACAAUCUCUUUGAGUGGGAAGCGGUGAUCGUUGGUCCUGAAGGAACUGCGUACGAGGAUGGUGUAUUCUCGGCCACGCUCAGCUUCCCAAAGGACUACCCGAUGGAGCCGCCGAAGAUGAAGUUUAACACGCGCAUCUUCCAUCCGAAUGUGUUCCCGGACGGAGAGGUGUGCAUCUCGAUCUUACACGCCCCGGGCGAUGAUCCACUGGGUUACGAGAGUCAUUUAGAACGAUGGAGUCCCGUGCAGUCUGUGGAGAAAAUCCUUCUCUCUGUUGUCAGCAUGUUGGCUGAGCCGAACAUUGAGAGUAGUGCCAACGUGGAUGCGUCUAAAGUCUACCGAGACGACCCGGAGCGGUAUAGGGUGCUGGCACAGGACCUGGUGAGGCUCUCCCUGGGCCUGUAGCGACUGUGUGUGUGUGUACGUGUGUGUACAUGUGUGUACGUGUGUAACUGUGUGUACGUGUGUAACUGUGUGUACAUGUGUGUGUACGUGUGUAACUGUGUGUACGUGUGUGUGGUGUGUGCUUUGACCCGCGUGUGCGUGCAAGCGCAUGUCAGAGUUUAUUUACGUCUUAGCGUAGCCAACCCGGGUCAUAUACAACAUUACACUCAACACCUUGUUGGUGCAUUGAACGCUUUUAUACUUGUAUUUUGGUUCUAUCAUACGGUUUCUGUCAUAUUUGAUGUGCUAACGACCCCUCAUACAUGUGUACAAACAUUACAAGGUGUGUGUGUUGUGUAGACUAUACGAGACAGCCCGGACUUCUCCUGGUUGCACAGACUCAACGAGGCGGUAUGCAUUCAUGUACAUGGAAGCCACCACCUGUUUGAUGAAUGCCAUUUGCUGUACAUAGCAGUCUUCUUUUUGCUGUUGAAUUUUCGUGCUUUUCACGCUCUGCUGCUUCGCCCGGUUGGCAAUGUGUUCCUGCUUUGUACAUAAUUAUGCUUCAUUCAUAGGAAGAGGUGUCUAGAGCAUACCCACUCUUUGCCACUCACUCUGUAAACACUAUCCAACUCGUUUUUCAACCAGUUAUUACAACGUUUCGGCAAUUUGCCCUCAUCAGGUAUGCCGAAACGUUGUAAUAACUGAUUGAUUAACGAGGUCGAUAGUGUUGCAGAGUGAGGAAAGAGCGGGUCUGCUCUAGCAACCUCUUCCUAUGAAGGAAGCUGCAGGAAGCCUCGCCACUGCUACUAGUCUUCAUUAGAAAUUAGGAUGUUCCCUUGCCUUGCCUUGUUCUGGGUGUUAAAUUAUUCGUUUUUAGCAAAUACUUUUAUUGCAGACUGCAGCGUAUAUAUAAAUUACUCUCUUUAAUCGACGUUCAGUUGUUAUUGGUGUUGUCAGAUGUGUUUUUUUUAAUACAUCAAAUUGAGCCAGACCUCCCUCAUAUUCUAAUGAAGAGUAGCUUGUUGAAAUAAUGAUUGCAUUCCGCUUCAA